AUGAAAGAUUCAAAAUUAUAGACUACGCUGGUCAGGGCUCGUAUGCUAAAGUAUACAAGGCGCUUGAUCUAGUUACCAAUACCCACUGUGCCAUCAAAUUUGUACGUUAUAUUACUGUAAGAUUUUUAGGUUCAAGAUGACAGAUAGCUGACCAGUGAAUGGGAUAUACUUAACAAACUUCUAAACGGAUUUCCAAAGGUUAUGUCUCGAGGAGUUCAUCUUGACAAAAACUAUAUUGCAAUGGAAUUUUUGGGAGAGUCCUUGUAAACUUUAACUAUAAAAAUGGGGAGAUUACUCUCAAUGAAGACAAUUCUACAAAUUGGGAUCUAGCUAGUUGCGAAUAUUAAGCUUCUUCAUGAUAUUGGCCACUCUCAUAUGGACAUCAAGCUCGAUAAUGUCAUGAUAGGGUCUUGUGACUACUCAAAAAGCGAAUCUUCCAUGUUAUAUUUUAUCGAUAUGGGAGCUUCAAGAAAAAUUAACAAAUAAGACUAAAGUAAAGCCGACUAUUUCGAAGGAAACCUCGAUUUCAGCAGCUAUGGCUAGAUGUCAUUGAAUGUUGCAUCAAAACAAGAUGAUAUCAUCUCUAUCCUUUAUCUAUUGAUGUACUUGUAAAAAGGUAAAUUACCUUGGCAAUUAGGUUUGAGUAAACUUAAUAGAAAUAUGGCGUUUCAGACUGUCAAAAACAACAAAAAAAGAUUUCAUUAAAAGCUAGAUCUCUUUUACACACAAUAUGAAGAAGAUUCGCAAGGUGAUAAGUCACUCUUUGAGGAAUUAAUCCAACAUAUUGAUAGUAUGCUUGACAAUGACGAGGUGGACUAUUAGUUCUAUAUACAAAGAAUGUAUGAUUAAAUUUUAAGAGAAGGGUAAACACCAGACUGGAAAAUGGAUUGGACCUUGAAAGGUUCUUCUUGGAAUGAGUCAUUUCAAUGCAAUAAAGAGAUGUUUGAUCAAUAUUUGCAAGGAAUUUACAUUCCUCGAAAGAUUAAAGAUCAAGUCGAGUUACUAAAUCAGCUUUUAGAUAACCCUAUAGAUACUAUCGUUUCUUCUGGUAUGAAUAGCAAAAUUCCUAAUAUUCUGCCAAUAUGCAAGAGAAAGCUGCCUGAGUAGUUGAAAAGUGAUGGGUAACUUUUGGAAUAAAAUCAAAAAUAAAAAUAGGACUUUUUAGAUUCGAAUCUAGAUUCAAAUCAUGGACUCUAAUUCAGAUAGUUCAAGGUUCAAAUAUCUGAUACUCCGGAUUUGACCUGGAAUCAAAUUAAAUUUAGUUACAGCUCAUCUAAGUUCUAAAGUGCCUUAAAAAAGGCAACCAAAAACUAAUAUUUCAGCAAUAAUCUCGAGAUUAUUGAUGAAAUUGUUAUACUAAGUGAUCAAGAUUAGGAUUAAAGCCUAGACGAGAACACAAUCGAUUAAACUAACAAUUAUGAGUUUAAAGUAAAUGAUAACUUCUCAUAAAUGAGGAGAAAAUGA